AUGGUUGUCCUUAAUCCGGUGACUCUGGGAAUUUAUCUUCAGCUUUUCUUCCGCUUCAUCGUGUCUCAGCCCACUUUCCUCACCAGCGUGCUCCCCAUUUCAGCAGCCCUUCCCGGCCUGGAUCAGAAGAAGCGGGGUGCCCACCGGGCAUGUUGCCUGCUCACCCCCCCGCCGCCCCCUCUGUUCCCACCACCCUUCUUCCGAGGAGGCCGAAGUCCAUUUCUCUCCCCCGAUGUGAAGAAUCUCGUCCUGGAACUGGAGACCACGCAGCCCCCGUGCAUGGAAGGGUCGCUCAGCUCCCCCGGGCCUCCGGGCCCGCAGGGCCCGCCUGGGCUUCCUGGCAAGACAGGACCAAAGGGAGAAAAGGGGGAGCUCGGUCGACCAGGAAGGAAGGGCAGACCCGGCCCCCCCGGUGUUCCUGGCAUGCCUGGGCCUGUUGGCUGGCCUGGCCCUGAAGGCCCCCAGGGUGAAAAAGGUGACCUGGGCAUGAUGGGCUUGCCAGGGUCAAGAGGACCAAUGGGCUCCAAGGGCUACCCUGGAUCCAGAGGGGAAAAGGGAUCCAGAGGUGAAAGGGGUGACUUGGGUCCCAAAGGAGAAAAGGGUUUCCCAGGAUUUCCUGGAAUGUUGGGGCAGAAAGGCGAAAUGGGGCCAAAGGGCGAGCCCGGGAUCGCAGGCCACCGGGGGCCCAUAGGAAGACCAGGGAAACGAGGCAAGCAGGGGCAGAAAGGAGAUAGUGGAGUUAUGGGCCCACCAGGCAAACCUGGGCCUUCUGGUCAACCUGGCCGUCCAGGUCCCCCAGGCCCCCCGGGCCCCCCAUCUGCAGGACACCUUGUAAUGGGACCCAAAGGGGAAAGAGGAUUUCCCGGGCCUCCAGGAAGAUGUCUUUGUGACCCCACCAUGAAUGUGAAUAAGCCUUCCUACGGGGAGUCUGCGUACGGGUCUAGUUCCCCGCGAGUUCCUGUGAUUUUUGUGGUCAACAACCAGGAGGAGCUUGAGAGGCUGACCACCCAAAACGCCAUUGCCUUUCGCAGAGACCAGAGGUCUUUGUACUUCAAGGACAGCCUUGGCUGGCUCCCCAUCCAGCUGACGCCUUUCUACCCUGUGGACUACCCCGGAGACCAUCGUGGCUCCUGCGGGGACGGGGUCCUGCAGCCAGGGGAGGAGUGUGACGACGGGAACGGAGAUGAGGGUGACGACUGCAUCCGCUGCCGCCGAGCCUACUGUGGAGAUGGUCACCGGCACAGGGGCGUGGAGGACUGUGACGGUUCUGACUUCGGCCACCUGACCUGCGAGACCUAUCUCCCCGGGUCGUACGGAGCCCUGCGGUGCACCCCGUACUGCUACAUUGACUCCACACCCUGCCGCUACUUCACCUGAGGGCCGCCUGGAGGAGGCGGCUGCACCCACGGGACCGGCAGCAGCCUCUCCACCCUCAGCAGACUGACCUCACCCCGUCCUGGUCCAGCUUCCACCACCUUCAUGCAACAGAAACAAGGACAAACUCUUGCUGCUAAGACGUGCUUUUAACACAGUCCAACUGGAAGAAGCUAGGACGGCUGCAUCCUGUCUGAACCCCAAGUACCGGGCCUCCUCCACACGCCCAUUGUGACCCUCCGGCGAGAUCGCGGGCCUACAGGGCCCUUCCUUCUGAACAUCGUGGACUUGGCUUCGCACUGUUAGGCACACAGACUGUUGGAGUUUGCUCGCAUUCACUGGGGAUGUCUGGGGUGCAGGCCUCGUGGCUCCUCUGACCCCUGGAGAUGCAGGCAUUCUCACCCGGCAGCUGGCCAGGGCUCCUCGGGACUGGGAACCACAGAUAAGGGAAGUGGGCCUCACCUCUGGGGGUGGCCCCCAGGUCUGGGCCCACCCAGGGACCUUCCCCCACCCCGCCCCAGCUGGCCACAGCCAAGCACGGCCUCGUGUGGCUGCAGCUCCCCAGGCAGAGCCCCAACUGUGAACAAGUACUGAGACUGCCGCCAAACCUGCGCUCUGCAGCUGGGGUGCUUGCUGGGUAGACGAGAGCAGAGCAGUGGCCUUUUUCUUGAUGUUUCCCAAAGCGGGUGCUCUUGGGGCUUCCCCAUCCCCGGCGCCAUCCUGACCUCCUGACUCUGUGCACUUGGACCUCCGUCCUGUGAAUGUCCCCUGUGUGCAUUUCUCCUCCAGGACGUUCGCUAGCAGGUCGGCCGCUGGUGUUCCCUGAGUCCUUAGGAAACUGCCACCUAGUUUCCCGUCCGGGCCCCACCACUGAGUACGUGCUCUGGGCAGAGAUGGCGUCUGUCCCGGGCGCCAGCUCCUGACCGCCUGCUGCCUCGCGUGAGCCCUGGGACCUCCCUCCCUGUCUCCGUGGUGCGUAGCCUUGUCCUUGUGUGCGUGUGCCCGAGCCCCCCGUUUCUAAGGAUGGUUAGUCCUGCAUGUCCGUGAGCUGCCUUUCAUCACCACGUGUCCUGAGUGGGGCUUAGCUGUGUCUGGGAAAGACGUCUUCCCCACGGCAGACCUCACGUGGGAUCUGCCCCUUUGCUCCUAGAUCUUGGAGGGACUCUCCUGGGCUUGUGUACGAGGCUAUGUCACGUGCCUGGGUCUCUGGCACUAGGCAUUAUGCUGGUGGCCGGUAGGGGGCGAGACCACUCUGGGGUCGUGUCCUCAGAGGUGGACACAUUGAUCCGUCUGGUUCCCUCAGCCUCUACUGCCAGUCCUGGGCUGCUGUCCCACGGCCCCCAUCUGUCCCUGUGAAGCCACCACCUUCACCCUGGCAUCUCCAGAUGGGAAAUCAAGAAAUAAAGACAGUGU